ACUUCGCUCUUGCCAUCUUGUCGAGUGGUUGGGUUAAGAGCGGCAGGCAGGAGUUAGCUACCCGUUAGCAUACUGCCGCUGUGGUAAAGUGGUUAUCUGUCAGCUAGCUGCUAGUAGCAGCUGCCAAAAGUGAGCUGUCCACACGGCGAAAGGCAAAACUUCGCCUACUUUGGGGCAUUUUCUCUGUCCACCGCUGGGUUAUAUACUCUUUUUGGAAAGCCAAUGGAUUUGUUUACAUCAUGAUGUCGCACAUGCUGGUACCGAGGUAGGGAAAACUAGCUAACGUUAACAUCAGCUAACUUAGCUAGUCGGCAAGAAACACAUAUAUAGCUGAGAGAGACGAGUGGGCUGUGAGUCCGGGCCCGCCUCAGACUAAAGUACCGGUGGCAGCUGCUGAACAAGAACUUUGACAAGGGCCUGUUUGCAACUCCGCUGCCCGGACACAGGAAAGGCCGACCGGGUGUCAGAGAGGCCGGCGUGGGAGAACAGCAGUCGCCCGUGUGCUGUGACCGGACACCUCGUUGGGAGUUUCGCAGGGUCUGGCCCAGGUUGUGACACUUUUCUCCGACAAGAGAGAGGAAGAGGAACGCUAUGGAAAUGUCCUGUGACGGUACGUGUCUGUGUCAUAUCCCUCAGCUGUGAAUAACUUCGCAAGACAUUAGUACAGCACUUUUUAUCUGGGGGCAGACAAACUUGACGCAGAUAGUCACCAUGUCGAAAAUGCCGGCGAAGAAGAAAAGUUGUUUCCAGAUCACGAGUGUAACGCAGGCUCAGGUGGCGGCCAGCAGCAUCACCGAUGACACCGAGAGCCUUGACGAUCCGGACGAGUCCCGCACAGAGGACGUGUCGUCGGAAAUAUUUGACGUCUCUCGGGCCGACCUCGGGGUGUGUGAGAGGAGUUCAUCCGAGGAAACCUUAAACAACGUAGGGGAGCCUCAGGAGGGCCAGCCGCCAAGCACAGGUCCUGUCAACGGGGGGCUGUCUUAUAAAAGUUUAGGCACUGGUCGUGUCACCCCACACAAUUUAGGAGGAAGUGUGCCUGUGCCAGCUACAACUCAACCUAUUGUUCCGAGCUCAGCCACCAGCACAGUUCCUGCUGCCACUGUCUCCACCAGCGUGGCUCACACAGCUCCUGUGAACACCAGCUGUAGUUCCCGUUUCAGGGUCAUUAAACUUGACCAUGGUACCGGAGAGCCCUUCAGACGGGGCAGGUGGACAUGCACUGAGUUCUAUGAAAGAGAUUCAGAUUCAAAUGUUAAUCGAACUGUGGAUAGCAUAAAGCCAGCUGUAAUCCAUGAUCACAGCAUAGACAGGGACAGUGGGCUAGGGGCCACCAGCAACUCUGUGGUCACUAGCAGUGCUUUUUCUGCACAGGUGUCGGACAACAGCGGGGACAGUGGCCACUCCACCAUGCACCCUGCCCACCCCUACCCUCAAGAGCCUCUACAGCCAGGCUACAGCUUGGCUCCUCGGAUAGGGAGUGGAGCAAGUGCCUUCCAGCCCACAGGGUAUACAACUGCAACAUCGCAACAACAGGCUCAGGUCAAUAUGCAGCCUGUUGCUCCCCAGACCUUCCUCUCUAAUAGCCUCAAUGGUGUGCAUCAUGGUGCCAUGCACCAGAAGUCUCCCAUUAUGCCUCCUGCCUCGCAGGCCCAGCAGUAUGCCUAUUCUACUCAUCCUACUGGCCACUCAGCUGGCCAGGCGGACUAUCGUCAGCAGCACUUUGUCUCAAGCACUCAGAGCCUUCCCAUGUCUGCCCACCCUGUGGGGCAUCCAACCAGCCAGGUACCGUCGCCUCUAAUCACCCCUGCUGGUCCGGGAGCCCAGGGGCUGGGUGGGGAGGCAGCCACAGCCCAGCCCCUGCAGCCUCUCCUGCUGCAAGUGGCCAACAUAUCAGCCAUGGCACCCAUCCCUCCAGGAAGUAGCCAACAGCAGCAUGUCAGCAUCGCUCCUGCACCUUCCAUCGCCACCACCACCUCCCACAGCGGUGUCCAGAACACACCUGCCACAGUGCCCAGUACCACCAACGCCCCUCCGGGAGUGCCAAGUCAGGCGCCUGGCACAGGAGGACUCGUCAAGCCUCACGGAGCCCACGGAGGAGCAACAACAGUCCUGCCUUCCGUCUUCAGUAACCAGGCAGAAGAUAGUAGGCAGAAGUCUGAUGCCCUACCUCAGCCCGGUGCAGUUGUGGUGCCAGGGAAAGAUGGUGUAAAGCCUUUCAUCGGUGAGGGCCUCGGCCUGCCCACCCCUGCUGUCAACAGCCUGUUUGGCAUCCAUAUUACCAUGGAUGUAGAUGAGGACAGUGCAUCCGGUGCCAGUGUCGUAGCCAUCGACAACAAGAUUGAGCAAGCGAUGGAUUUGGUGAAGAGCCACCUGAUGUACGCUGUUCGUGAGGAGGUGGAGGUGCUGAAGGAGCAGAUCAAGGAGCUUUACGAGAGGAACUCGGUGUUGGAGCGCGAGAACGCCGUGCUGAAGUCGCUGGCCAACGCGGAUCAGCUCGGUCAGCUGACUAAUCAGCUCAACCAAGGCAGCAGCACGUCGCCGCCGCUGCAACAGCAACACCAACACCCGCUCGUUACAAACAACAACAACAACACCGCCCCCUCGGCUCACCACGAGGGGAGUCAGAGCAUCCCUCACCAGCCCAACAUCACUUCGGCGUGAUCCCCGUUACCCCCAGUAAACGCGUUUAAAGACACACCUCCCACGGACAGGAGCGGAAGAUCCUGUUAGUAAAGACAACAACUGCUACCGUCCCCUCAGCUUCAUAAAGCAAAAGGCUCGGCCCUGCAUUCAAUAUGCUCCAUUCAAGGAAAAAUCAACAACAGCCACAUCUUUGUUUGCGAGAGCCAUGCUUCAGUGUGUGCACGCUGCCGUCACCGGGCUUCACAUCAUUGAGACAUUCACCACCCCUCGAAGAGUCUUAUCCUGAGCCCACGGUUGGCUGCGAGAAAGCUGGAAACGAAGGAGGGGCAGGGGUGCCGGUGCACACCAUCAAACAUAAAACUGCAUGCUGUUCUUGUGCAGGAGGACGGGGUCAAAGGGCACAGGGAGCUCGGUUCGUUGGGGCAACAAGCGGUCGAAGAGGGCGGCGCAACCCUGCGAGGGCCCAGCGAGGUCCUGUAACAUCCAGCAGGGACUGUCCUCCCAGUGUCUCCAACCCCACUCGCUCCAGGGCUGUAAGAGGCCAGAGCGCCGAGGGAGAAGUGGGGGAGAAGAUUCAUCCUCCCUGAGCGGAGGAGGACGCCGGGUUGCGAGUCAAGAGCCUCGGCUUGUUAUAUGCUGCAACAAAAGCUUGUGUUGUUUUUCUCAGAGCCACCGUACUUUGACAUGAAUCAUAAUACUUUUUUUUUUUCAUUAGUUCAGUUUUAGUAUUUGCAUUUAUUUAUUUCAGGGCUGCUAUUUUCAUAAUGUAAAUGAAAUGUCAUGGAGAUACUCAUUAACACACACACAAAAAGAAAACCUUUCUCUUUGGUCUUUUUGGUCUUUUAGAAUCUGUCAGGUAUUAAAAAUUUGGUAGUCUCUUGCAACAAGUAGAUCUCAAUAAGUAGGCAAUAAGUUCCAUAAUAGGCAAUUUUCUUUCCAUGAAAUAGUGCUAACACUAAAGCGAGCUUACAUUAGAUGAAAUUCAGGUUGAAUGUAUAUUUUGUAAAGUGUAAAGUAUUAAGAGCAAAGGAGGGUUUGUACAGGAGAACACCUGUUGUUAAGAUGUGAUGGGAUGUUUUGAUAAAGAAAACUAUCAGUUUCACUUUUUCUAGACUUUCUUUGUCAAAAAAAGAAAACAGAAAUUAAUUUGGGGGUUCGGUCGGGGGGGAUGAAAAGCUGUGAAAAUAGUUCGACCUACUUUAUAACCAAAGACGCAAAGCUGUGUAAUUCUUUUGCCCCCCGCCCCAUUUUUAAAUGCACACUCAUAUUUGUUUUCUACUCUCUCCUUCCCUAUAUUUUUUUUGUUGCUGUUUUGCAUGUUCUGCAUGAUCUAUAAUCAAACCACUUUCUUACCUCAUGUUUUUAUCCAGCACUCUUAUUUUUCUGUCGAGAUGUCAAGUCUGAACGAUUGUGAAAGGAUUUAUGAAAGAGAAAGGGAACAAUGGGCGGAGAGGGGCGGAGUAAGUCGUCGAGGGUAAGGAUAAUAAUACAUUUAAAAAAAAAAAAGAAUAGCGAGGUGUUUGUGUCGGAUGGAGAGAAGGGCCCCGUGCACAAAACAUUAGUUAGAAAAGGAGCCAUCUUUUUUUUCCCAUGUAAAUGCUGUGUUGAAUUUCAUAUGCAGAGAAAAAGGUUUUGUUACAUUGCAAAUUUUAAUGUAUUUAAUGAAUGCAGCAUUUAGAUUUCGAUUGUAGUGUUCCAACACUUUGCUUACAAAGGAAAAAAAUAAUACCUGCAUAAAAAAGAAAAAAACAAAACAACGGAAUCUAUUAAACAUUUCACACUGAAAAGCUGGAACCCAGUCGAUUGUGUGUGAGCAUAUUAUGGGAUGUCCUGUCUGUGUCAUGUCUUUUGUGCCUCCUGUGCCGUCGUCUGCUGUCGCCAGGCGAUCCGGUUUCUUUCUCUGUGGCUUAGAACCAAACCAAAAUGCUUGGUAAUUGUACAAUCAGUCAUCUUUCUACAGGAUGGACUCUUUGAUUUCCUUAUUUUUUUUGUUUUGCAAACGGGCUUAUUUCCUUUGUCCUUAGAUUUUUUUUUUUUUUCAUUUUUUUUUUUCCAUUUGAAGGAGAUGCCGUGUACAUGCCAAGUGUACUGUAUGAAAGUGAUCACUGAGCCUUGGAGAAAAUAUCUUAACAAUGCCCUUGUAAUGUGCUGUUCAGACAAUUUUAGUUUUCAGUCAAAAAUAAAUUACUGUUUUAUUAAGAGA